UUGACGAGCCGGUCGCGUACAACAUUAGCGCCUAAUAUUUUAUAUACAACUGUGCUGUCAUAUAUGUUCAUACAUAUUUAUUAAUUGCUUUUAGCAACUUUUGAUAAAGUCAAAAAGGCAAUUUGAUUUAAAUGCGGGCUUGAUAAAAACAUUAAAUCAGCAAAAAAGUAAAACCCCCAACGGAAUACGAAUACUCAUACGAUAUUUGCUUAAAGUUCUAUCAAAAUGACUUGGGGCUUUGUGACGUGUGGUCCAAAUGAGGCCUUAGUAGUUUCAGGAUGCUGUUACAUGAAACCAUUGCUGGUUCCUGGUGGACGCGCCUUUGUAUGGCCUUCAAUACAACGCGUGCAGCGCAUUUCUUUGAACACCAUGACACUGCAAGUAGAAUCUCCGUGUGUUUACACCAGCCAGGGUGUGCCUAUCUCUGUGACUGGCAUUGCUCAGGUGAAGGUACAAGGUCAAAACGAGGAUAUGCUGUUGACUGCUUGUGAACAGUUUCUGGGCAAAACAGAGGCUGAGAUUAAUCACAUUGCCCUGGUAACGCUAGAGGGACAUCAGCGCGCCAUAAUGGGUUCCAUGACAGUGGAGGAGAUCUACAAGGAUCGCAAAAAGUUCAGCAAGCAGGUGUUUGAGGUGGCCUCCAGCGAUUUGGCUAAUAUGGGCAUUACCGUCGUCUCUUAUACCAUCAAAGAUUUGCGCGAUGAAGAGGGCGACUCCAAGGGCUAUUUAAAAUCUUUGGGUAUGGCGCGUACCGCUGAAGUGAAGCGAGAUGCACGCAUUGGCGAAGCAGAGGCUCGUGCCGAAGCGCACAUCAAGGAGGCCAUUGCCGAGGAGCAACGCAUGGCAGCACGUUUUCUUAAUGACACAGAUAUAGCCAAGGCACAGCGCGACUUUGAGCUAAAGCGUGCUGCCUACGAUUUGGAGGUGCAGACCAAAAAGGCCGAAGCGGACAUGGCCUAUGAGUUGCAGGCGGCCAAGACCAAGCAACGCAUCAAGGAGGAACAGAUGCAAGUUAAAGUGAUUGAGCGUACACAGGAGAUUGCCGUGCAGGAGCAGGAGAUAAUGCGUCGUGAAAAGGAACUGGAUGCCACUGUGCGUUGCCCAGCUGAGGCUGAGAAGUAUCGCCUAGAGAAGAUUGCUGAGGCAAAUAAGCUGCGUGUCGUCAUGGAGGCCGAAGCAGAAGCUGAAUCGAUUAAAAUUCGUGGUGAAGCUGAGGCGUUUGCCAUUGCAGCCAAAGCUAAGGCUGAAGCUGAGCAAAUGGCCCAGAAGGCCGAAGCUUGGCGCGAAUAUCGUGAGGCCGCCAUGGUCGAAAUGCUUUUGGAUACUUUGCCAAAGGUUGCAGCUGAAGUUGCUGCGCCUCUCUCGCAGGCCAGGAAGAUAACCAUGGUUUCCAGUGGACAAGGCGAUAUUGGUGCUGCUAAGCUUACCGGAGAAAUUUUGCAAAUCGUCAACAAAGUGCCGGAGCUGGUGAAGAAUAUAACUGGCGUGGACAUUGCCAGGUCUGUGCAUGCUGGCUAAAUAUCCAAAAAAUUAACGAAACAAAACGAUCCAAAAACUGCAAAAGUAAUCUAUUGAAACAAAAAGCGCAUUUACACAUUUUUUUCUUUCAAACAAUUUAAUUAACUGGUGUCAUUUUGCACAAAACGAUUUUUGUGUUCUUUGUAAACAUAA